AACAAACACUAACAAACUAACUAAUCAUGUUUUCAUCAGUCAUAAAUGCCUAAAUAUUAAGUUUAUUAAUUUGCAGCGUUAGUUUUGAGUGUUUUUUUUUCUCUAACCGGGUCAUUAGACCAAUAACUCUGUUAUUCUCUUAUUAAAGAUGGAGUUCAUUAAAGAGGAGGAGAGUGAAGAUAUAAAGAUGGUGUUUAUUAAAGAGGAGACUGAAGACAUGAAGAUGGAGUUUAUUAAAGAGGAAAGUGAAGAUAUGAAGAUAAUUAUUAAAGAUGAGACUGAAGACAUGAAGAUUGAAGAAACAUUCAGUGUGAAACAUGAAGAAACUGAGGAACAAACAGACCUGAUGGCAUUGAAAAAGACGAGUCAUGAACUUAAUGAAAGGCAAGAAGAGGAAAAACAUUAUUAUAAACAUUUCAUGACUGGGGAAAGAGCGACACAGGCUUCCUCACAAGAAAGAGCUCAAAAGACUGGAACUAAAAGUUAUUUCACCUGCCAACAGUGUGGAAAGAGUUUCACAUGUGAAAAAACCCUUAAAGUCCACAUGAGAAUUCAUACUGGAGAGAAACCUUUCACCUGCCAACACUGUGGAAAGAGUUUCAGACAUAAAGAAAGCUUUAAAAACCACAUGAGAAUUCAUACUGGAGAGAAACCUUUUACCUGUCAACAGUGUGGAAAGAGUUUCACACGUGAAGAAAGCCUUAAAAUCCACAUGAGAAGUCACACUGGAGAAAAGCCAUAUAUCUGCCGACAAUGUGGAAAGGGUUUCAGUGACAAAGGAAACCUUACAGUCCACACGACUAUUCACACUGGAGAAAAGCCUUACACUUGUCAAGAGUGUGGAAAGAGUUUCAAUAGAAAAGGAAGAUUUGAAAUCCACAUGAGAAUUCACACUGGGGAGAAACCUUUAAGCUGCCAACAGUGUGGAAAAAGUUACACAUGUAAAGGAAGCCUUAAAGUCCACAUGAGAAUUCACACUGGAGAAAAGCCAUAUAUCUGCCAACAAUGUGGAGAAAGUUUCAGUCUUAAAAGAAGCCUUAAAGUCCACAUGAGUAUUCACACUGGAGAGAAUCCUUACACCUGCCAACAAUGUGGAAAAAGUUACAGAUGUAAAGAAAGCCUUAAAGUCCACAUGAGAAUUCACACUGGAGAAAAGCCAUAUAUCUGCCAACAAUGUGGAAAAAGUUACAGAUGUAAAGAAAGCCUUAAAGUCCACAUGAGAAUUCACACUGGAGAAAAGCCAUAUAUCUGCCAACAAUGUGGAAAAAGUUACAGAUGUAAAGAAAGCCUUAAAGUCCACAUGAGAAUUCACACUGGAGAAAAGCCAUAUAUCUGCCAACAAUGUGGAGAAAGUUUCAGUCUUAAAAGAAGCCUUAAAGUCCACAUGAGAAUUCACACUCGAGAGAAACCUCACACCUGACAACAGUGUGGAAAAAGAUCAAAUGAGAAUUCACACUGGAGAAAAGCCAUAUAUCUGCCGACAAUGUGGAAAGUUUCAGUGACAAAGAAAACCCUACAGUCCGCACUAGGGAUGCUCAUUUCGGUUAAAUUUCUCGACCGACAACCGACGCUCGUUAUCCGAUUAUUAACCGUUAACCGAUAAGAUUAUAAUAUUGUAAAGCCUAUAUGAUGAUAAUAUGACAUAUAUAGGCUAUGACAUUAAAUAAAAAAUACAAUUGACGAGUGUCUGUGUCUUCCACGGGUUUAUUUUAACAUGCAAACAGCAGCAUAGAACAGAUAAACAACAGAACCUGGAUUCACAUUAUCAAAUUGUCAUGCACCUGCAGCGUUUCUGACAACAGAAAAAAAUAAUUUCAAUAAAAGGCAUAAAAUAAAUAGGCCUACACUAAAUAUUUUUCACUUAAAUGUUUAACAAAUUAAGAUGACAAAACAAAAACACGGUGAAUCCAUUGAAGCUUUGAACAACCGGUAUUUUAGACAUUUUUUCCGUCAAAUAAAAAUAGCAGGCCUACCUCAAGGAUUGUUAUUGUUAUGACCACGGACGGUGCACAUGUGCAUACCGAACGCGUCUUUCCGCGCUCAUGGGCAAAGGAGUUUCUUUGAAAGGCUCGCGCACGAGACUAAGCGGAAUGCGGGAAAUGAAGUAUACCAUGGCCCUAAAUUGUAAUGGACUGGAGCUCACGGUUCACAUCGAGAGAAAUGGGAACGCGGGGGCACCACGAUGCGACCGCAAAAGGCACUUUCACUUUCGUGAUCAAAGUGCAUGCCACUGGUAAGCUUUGUAAAUGCAGUAUUACAGUAGCUAUACACAUACCAAUUAAACGCGCAGGUCUCCUCUCGUGCGUCCUCCCCACUGUGUCGCCGGUCGAGGCAAUAAUUUUCGUUUCGCUUUUAGAUAUCUCUUUUAUAGAUGCCAUCAAUGCUUUUAACUCAAAACAGUCCAUAAACUACAAAUCCUCACGAAAACUUCAGUCAAGCCAGCUCGCGCGUCAAUCUGAGAGAUCAGCCUCUUACCUUAAAGUGUCAAAUUUCUCGGUUUCUGAAUGGACGGUUUUGCUUGAUUGACAAACGCUAACGUUCGGCCACGAUUUAUAUACCAUCGACCUGUCCUAAAACGUUAGCACGCUGUGAUCGAUUGCUUGGAGAUCGCCUGUUUCUCUGUUCGAGAGCGCAUUUCCUCUUCUUCACAUCUGCGACAAAACAGUUGAUUAUUUAUGAACGAAAGCUCACAGAAACGUGAAAAUGGUCUCAUUUGAAAGAAAAUAUCCUAAGCUAAAAGAUGAUAUAUUGUGACUGAUUGAAGCAGCCCUUAUCAAAAGUGCGGGGGUCGAUUUCUGUCUUUUCAAAACUGCGGGGGUCCUCCUGAUCCCCCUGUCCCCCGUGCCAACGGCGCGCCUGACCCUUUCUAUCGAAAUGGUCAGUAGGCUACUUCUUUUCGCUCGCUUCAUUUUGCUUGUUGCUUAGCGAAAUAUGUCUGGCACGUGUGAAACGCCCCGCGAGUUAACAAAUAAGCAUAUAUGUAUAUAUAGCAUAUUUUUCUAUAACCAUGCAGCAAAAAAAAAACAAAAAACGUUUAACUGAUAGUAUUAAUCGGUUAAAAUUCUUACUUUCGGUUAACGGUUAAACGGUCAAUGUGAGCAUCCCUAGUCCGCACAACUAUUUACACUGGAGAAAAGCCUUACACCUGCCAAGAGUGUGGAAAGAGAUUUAAUCGAAAAGGAAACCUUACAGAUCACAUGAAAUUCACACUGGAGAAUAGCCUUACACCUGUCAAGAGUGUGGGAAGAGUUUCAACAGAAAAGGAAGACUUGAAAUCCACAUGAGAAUUCACACUGGAGAUAAACAUUAUGCCUAUCAACAGUGUGGAAAGAGUUUCAGUCGAAAAGAAAGCCUUAAAGAUGACAUGAGAACUCACACUGGAGAAAAGCCUUAAGGAAGGAACACGCCAAGCCGAGAGUCAGUUGUCGGGUAGUUUUUGUUAGUUGGCCGACUAAGGCUAUGUCCACACGAAGCCUGAGCUUACAAUCUUUUUUUUCUCAUAUCAAGAAAUAUCUGCAUCCACACAAAACCUCUGAAAUGAAUCAAAACGAUGUAUGACAGACCAGUAUGUGGCGCUGUAAUUCAGCCACAGAGAUACACUUAAAGGAGCAAAUAAGACUUGGAGCAUGAGCAUAAACCUUGCGCGCUGUAUACAAACUACAGGUGCUGGUCAUAUAAUUAGAAUAUCAUCAAAAAGUUGAUUUAUUUCACUAAUUCCAUUCAAAAAGUGAAACUUGUAUAUUAUAUUCAUUCAUUACACACAGUGUAGUGUCUGGAUAGAUCAGACUAGUCAAUAAACUUUGGGAUUUUCAGAAUGCUUUUAGCCUGCUGAACUGUGUUUGUAAAUCACGGAUCGGCUCUGUCUGGUCCAAUGAGAGACAGGCACUUUGGCACUUUUGUGGACCCACUAAAGUUAAACAGAGAAUCCCACUUCCUAGCUCUGGAGACUUCAAAAGGGUCCACCCCCUUUUGUGGGUCCAGACAGACCAGCCAAAUUCCAACACACACCACAUAUACACAUACACGCACCCACAAACACACACACAAACACACACACACACACAAACAUGCUUAGAGAUUGUACAGUUAUUCUCAAAAUAUGACUGUGCCAAAAUGUACCCAUUGUGUAUUUUAAGUGCAUGUAUGUUGUCCUAGGUUUAGACUUAGUUUAAAUGACUGUAGUUGUGCUAGUGUCAUUUCUAAUGUUAAAAAAUUUGACUGAAUUAUAACUUCCCUUGUAUGCCUUCCCCACCUGACUAGCUUGGUCUCUAUGUAAAGCUCUCCUUACGCCUCAUUCAACAAUGUAUGUCACAUAACUGUAAAAUGAAUUGUUCUAUUUUUAAUGGUACUUCAAAGAACAAUGUACCCUGAUCUAAUACACUCAUAAAUUAUGCAAAUCAAGCCACAAGACAAAGAAAGUUUGCCCACCAAACACUGCACCCUGACCAUUGGUUGUUCCAACCAAGGAGGCGUGUUGGCUUGUUUGUCCAUAAAAGACAAGCACAAACAGUUGUGCUUUGUGUUCUCUCGAUUUUCUCUGAAUCAGCCGUCGCCUUCUCUUGUGCACGUCUCUCCUGGACGUCUCAGGCGACCGCGCUCCCAUCACGUGCGCAUCUCCUUUCGGGAUCACCAUCUCCAGCAAAACAAACGUUCAAGUCCUCAGUUAAAAUCUUCCAGCGGAAACGGAAGAAGCCAACGAAACUGCAGCAGCACUGAAUCUUUUGAAACUCAGCGCAAACUAAUGAAAGUACCGUUUCUCUAUCAUUAGAUGCGAUAUACCUAAUCUACUUAAAGGUGAUAAAGAGGAUCUUUUCGUCGACUGAGAAACCAAAGACUGUAACUGAGUUUUUGAAAUGAGCGCAUGCGUAAGAACAACCCCCCCUCCUUUCGAGGGAACGCCUCCC